UACCGGUCUUGGCUGGGAAGGUGACAUUGUGAUGGAUUGGUAUCCUGUCCAGGGGGAGUUCUUAUCCACUUCAUCCCUAGCUUUUUCUUCAUUUAUAUGACUUGCAAAGUCUGUUGUUCGACAUUUAUUUAGAAAGGCGACACCGGAUUUAGUGAUGGCGUUAAUGCUUCAAUUGACAGUUGUCGGUUAAACGGCGAGCCGAAGGAAGCUGGCUCGUGUUAGGUAACGAUGCGCCGGGGAAUCGCUGCAGGAACCAGCUGCUGCUGACUGCAGCACCGACUGGCCUCUGGGACUCUAACCGACAGUGAUUCAGUGAAGGCGGAAAAAUACCGUGAUGGCAUCGUUGGGCAGCGCCGGUCGCCUCAUCCGGUAUCUGUGUCUUCCUUCAGUUGCCAGGAGCAGCAUUGGUGUGAACGUGGGAUGGCGCUCGACUGCUGCGGCGUUUGCUCAGACUGUGACUCCAGAAGUUCAGGAGAACAGGAAACCUAAGACUGGCAUCCUGAUGUUGAACAUGGGAGGACCCGAGAAGCUGGAAGAUGUUCACGACUUUCUGCUGCGGCUCUUCAUGGACACGGACCUGAUGAAGCUUCCUGUACAGAAUAAGCUUGGGCCAUUCAUCGCCAAGCGGCGCACGCCAAAGAUCCAGGAGCAGUACAGUAAGAUCGGCGGAGGCUCACCCAUCAAACACUGGACGUCCAUGCAGGGGGAGGGGAUGGUGAGGCUGCUGGACCGCAUGAGUCCUGAGACGGCGCCGCACAAGUUCUACAUUGGUUUCCGGUACGUUCAUCCGCUGACGGAGGAAGCCAUCGAGGAGAUGGAGAAAGACGGCGUAGAGCGAGCGGUGGCCUUCACGCAAUACCCUCAGUACAGCUGCUCCACCACAGGCAGCAGUCUGAAUGCCAUUUACCGUUACUAUAGCAACAGAGGUGAGAGGCCGAAAAUGAGCUGGAGUGUCAUCGACCGCUGGCCAACACACCCUCUGCUGGUAGAGUGUUUUGCAGAACAUGUCAUUAACGAGCUGCUGAAGUUUCCAGAAGAGAAGCGAGACGAUGUUGUCAUUCUGUUCUCAGCACACUCACUUCCGCUGGCUGUGGUGAACCGCGGUGACCCAUAUCCUCAGGAGGUUGGAGCCACAGUCCAAAGGGUGAUGGAGAGACUGGGUCACUGUAACCCUUACAGACUGGUGUGGCAGUCCAGGGUGGGACCCAUGCCGUGGCUUGGCCCUCAGACAGAUGAGGUGAUCAAGGGUCUCUGCGAGCGAGGAAAGAAGAACAUCCUGCUGGUGCCCAUUGCCUUCACGUCCGACCACAUCGAGACGCUGCACGAGCUAGAUAUAGAGUACGGGCAGCUGCUCGGCGAGGAGUGCGGGGUGGAGAACAUCAGGCGGGCGGAGUCACUGAAUGGAAACCCUCUCUUCAUGAAGGCGCUGGCAGACCUGGUCCAGUCCCACCUGAAAUCCAAAGAGUUGUGCUCCCGUCAGCUGACCCUCCGCUGUCCGCUGUGCACCAACCCCGUCUGUGCGGAGACAAAGUCCUUCUUUGCCAACCAGAAACUGCCGUAGCCGUUCGGCUUCUGCAGUAGAUCAACCGGUGAACAAAAUAAAAGCCUUCUUUAGAUGCUCGCUGCAGGUACUGUGUCGGUUAGCGUGGGGUGGGGGUUGUGGAAAUUGAGUGUGAGGCAUGUCACCGUGAGUUUCAGGAACAUUCAGGUCAUCACAGCAUGCAGGGAAGCAAAAUUGAUUGCAGCAAAUUUUUCUUUCUUUGUUGAAAUGAUUUUUGUUUCUCUCGCUGUGAUAAACUGGUGCUGAGGACUUCUGCAGAUCAGAAACAUGGAAAUUAAAGUUAACACUGGCAAUGUGAGCACUUUGACCUGCUGGUGGUGCUGGAUGACACAUUUGGAUUUGUUGUAACUGUGGCUACAUUUUGGGGUAUCAGGGAACCUUAAUCUUAGAACACCGCAGUGCAGUGAUUGGUUCAGGAUUCUACUCAUGUUGCUGUUUUUGUGUUCCUGCUCAGACCUUUCACAAUA